UGCGCCAGAACCGCUGCCUCGCACCCGGAAGUGGAGGGUCUACACGAAGCGCCGCUGGGUCUGGGUGCCCGGAGGCAGCAGCGUUCGCGGAGUUCGCCCGCCGGCCUCCGAUCGCCAUGUCGGCUUUCGACACCAACCCCUUCGCGGACCCGGUGGAUGUAAACCCCUUCCAGGAUCCCUCUGUGACCCAGCUGACGAACGCCCCGCAGGGCGGCCUGGCGGAAUUCAACCCCUUCUCAGAGACAAAUGCAGCGACAACAGUUCCUGUCACACAACUCCCUGGGUCCUCGCAGCCAGCGGUUCUCCAGCCAUCAGUGGAACCAACCCAGCCGACCCCCCAGGCUGCGGUGUCUGCAGCCCAGGCAGGCCUGCUUCGGCAGCAGGAAGAACUGGACAGGAAAGCUGCUGAGCUGGAACGCAAGGAGCGGGAGCUGCAGAACACUGUAGCCAACUUGCAUGUGAGAGAGAACUGGCCCCCCCUGCCCUCGUGGUGCCCUGUGAAGCCCUGCUUCUAUCAGGAUUUCUCCACAGAGAUCCCUGCCGACUACCAGCGGAUAUGCAAGAUGCUCUACUAUCUGUGGAUGUUGCAUUCAGUGACUCUGUUUCUGAACCUGCUUGCCUGCCUGGCCUCGUUCUCGGGUGACAGCUCCAAGGGAGUGGACUUUGGCCUCUCCAUCCUGUGGUUUCUGAUCUUCACUCCCUGUGCCUUCCUUUGUUGGUACCGACCCAUCUAUAAGGCCUUUAGGUCCGACAACUCUUUCAGUUUCUUUGUGUUCUUCUUUGUAUUUUUUUGUCAAAUAGGGAUCUACAUCAUCCAAUUGGUUGGCAUCCCUGGCCUGGGGGACAGCGGUUGGAUUGCAGCCCUGUCUACACUGAAGAAAGGGUCCCUGGCUGUAUCAGUCAUCAUGAUGGUGGUGGCUGGCUUCUUCACCCUCUGUGCCGUGCUCUCAGUCUUCCUCCUGCAGCGGGUGCACUCCCUCUACCGCCGGACAGGGGCCAGCUUCCAGCAGGCCCAGGAGGAGUUUUCCCAGGGCAUCUUCAGCAGCAGAACCUUCCACAGAGCUGCUUCAUCUGCUGCCCAAGGAGCCUUCCAGGGGAAUUAGUCCUCCUCUCUCUUCUCUCCCCCUCAGCCUUUCUCUCGCCUGCCUUCUGAGCUGCACUUUCCAUGGGUGCCUUAUGUGGUGGUGGUUGUGCCCAGCACAGACCUGGCAGGGGUCUUGCUGUGGCUCUUCCUCCUCCCUCAGCGACCAGCUCUCCCUGGAAGGGGAGGGACAGGGACUUUUUUCCCCCCUCUAUGUACAAAAAAAACAAAGCUCUCUUUCCUUCUCUAGUGAUGGUUUGAUAGGAUUCUUUUGUCUCUGGAAGCAGUGGGACUGAAGUUCUCUUCGUCCUGUGCACACACAGACACCCCCACACAGUUGGGAUCACAGGCUGACCUGGGCCCACCCCAGCUGGAGUUUUCUGCCAGGGUCCUGGGCCUUGACUUCCCCACCCUGCAGGCCUGGCCUGAAUCUGGCCGCUCAGACACAGCCCAGCCCUUCCUGCCCCGGCUGGGGAUAAGCCUCUCACAGGCUCUGGUGGACAGAUCUGUUCUCCAGGUCACUCCAGUGGUCUCCAGGCUUCCAGAGAAGGCUGGUUGCCUCAAGCUCUUGCCUGCCUCAUAAAUGGAUCCAGAGAAAACCGGCUGCCUUCGGCUCUUCCCUGCCUCACAUUCCUCAUAAACGGAUUCAUAGCCCUUUAGCCCCCUGCACCCUCCUGCAGGGGACUGCACUUUGAGCCCUCUGGAGCCCUCCCUUGCUGAGCCUUACUCUCUUCAGACUCUGAAUGUGCAAUGCGGUUGGCUGGGGUUUGGGGAUGGGAAGGGACCAAGGACACUGACCCCAAGCUGUCCUGCCCAGCGUCUUCCAGGAGGGCGGGGUCUGCCUGUGCUGGUGUGGUUGGUUUGGCCCUGUUUACUGUGACUUCCCCUCCCCUGAGGGACGGCUGCCUUUGCCUCUGCCUCAGAUGCCACCUGCCCCACCCAUGCUCCCCAUCAGCGGCAUCCAGACUUUCAGGAAGGGCAGGGCCAGCCAGUCCAGCACCGCAUCCUUCAGCAGGAACUGAUGAGCCAUCUCUUGGAGGGCCCCCUAAUACCCGGUGGAGUCUGGCUCACACCCCGGUGGGGGGUGUCACUGUGAUGGACAACUAGGAGUCCACCUUUAAAACCAGCACCCUGUUCCCCCAGGCUGCCAAGCCGGUGUGUGGACUGGGGGGGGCCUUCCCACAAAACUAGCCUCCGGCUCUAGGCCCCAGGCAGCCGCAGGCCCCGAGCCACUGAAUGAUACUGGCAGUGGUUGGGGUUUUAUAAACUCCUUUCUGGUAUUUUUUCCCCUCUAUGUACAAAUGUAUAUGUUACGUCUCAAUUUUGUGCUUAAAUAAAAAUAAAAAGACAUUUUCAGACAA